GUAAACCACGCCAGCAGCUGACCUAGCGUCCACUCAUCUCAGCAGCUGACCUGACACUGAAAAUGCGGGUCCCAUCGCCGCUGGCCAGCAACGCCUCUGCCUUCUUCCCUCGGCCUCCGCCCUCUGCUUCUAGUCUGCCAGCUUCGAAACCUCCGCCCCGUCGCAUAAACCCCUCCUCGCCUCCUCCGCCCGAGCCUGCCUCCUCAUCGACUUAUACGCCUCCUUCUCUUAACUCGACGCACUAGCCUCAGCCAAUUGUCGCAUUUCGUCGCUAUGGGGUCCACAGCGGCCGUCUCCGUCUCCGCCUCGGCGAUCGCGUCCCGCGGCUGCGCCAGAUCCGAGGCUGCGCGGCGGCCAGGUGGAAUCCGGGUCUGCGGACUCCGGAGCGAGGCCCUCACGUGUCACUCGCUUCGGAUCUCGCAGGCGCCCGCGAGGCUGAUGGUGACGAGGCCGCCGCCGCCGGCGGCGGCGACCAAUGGCGCGGCGGCGGGGAGCUGCGGGUUCGACUACGAUCUCGUCAUCAUCGGCGCGGGCGUCGGGGGUCACGGCGCCGCGCUGCACGCCGUUGAAGAGGGCUUAAAAACAGCAAUAAUUGAGGGAGAUGUUGUGGGUGGGACUUGUGUAAACAGAGGCUGUGUCCCAUCGAAAGCGCUUCUUGCUGUCAGCGGUCGAAUGCGGGAGCUUCAUGAUGAACAUCAUAUGAAGUCUUUGGGUCUACAGGUUUCCUCUCCUGGAUAUGACAGACAAGCUGUUGCUGAUCAUGCAAACAAUCUUGCCUCGAAAAUCCGUAUCAACUUGACUAACUCAAUGAAAGCUCUAGGAGUGGAUAUAUUGACAGGUGUUGGCACUAUUGUGGGAAAGCAAAAGGUACGAUAUGGAAAAGCUGGUUUCCCAGAUAAAGAAAUCACUGCCAGGAACAUCAUAAUCGCCACUGGUUCAGUUCCUUUUGUUCCGAAAGGGAUUGAGAUUGAUGGGAAAACUGUAUUUACUAGUGAUCAUGCACUGAAACUUGAGUCAGUUCCAGACUGGAUAGCUAUUGUUGGAAGUGGUUACAUUGGACUUGAGUUCAGUGAUGUAUACACAGCUCUUGGAAGUGAGGUUACUUUUGUUGAAGCUCUUGACCAGCUGAUGCCUGGAUUUGAUCCUGAAAUUGCAAAAUUAGCCCAGAGAGUUCUUAUCAAUCCUCGGAAAAUUGACUAUCACACUGGUGUUUUUGCAAGCAAGAUUACUCCUGCAAAGGAUGGAAAACCUGUGCUCAUCGAGCUUAUUGAUGCAAAGACAAAGGAGCACAAAGAAACCCUUGAGGUUGACGCAGCCCUUAUAGCUACAGGAAGGGCGCCAUUCACCAAAGGGCUUGGCUUGGAAAACAUCAAUGUUGUUACACAACGUGGUUUUGUGCCUGUUGAUGAACGGAUGCGAGUCAUGGAUGCAGGUGGCAAUGUGGUACCCAAUUUAUAUUGCAUUGGAGAUGCCAAUGGCAAGCUCAUGCUUGCCCAUGCUGCCAGUGCACAAGGAAUUUCAGUUGUUGAACAAAUCUCUGGAAAGGAUCACAUCCUAAAUCAUUUAAGCAUCCCAGCAGCAUGUUUCACCCAUCCAGAGAUUAGUAUGGUUGGAUUGACAGAGCCACAAGCCAGAGAGAAGGCAGAUAAAGAAGGAUUUGAGGUAAAUGUUGUGAAGACUAGCUUUAAGGCUAACACUAAAGCUUUGGCAGAAAAUGAAGGAGAUGGGAUUGCUAAGUUGAUUUACCGACCUGACACGGGUGAAAUUCUUGGGGUUCACAUUUUGGGUUUGCAUGCUGCUGAUCUCAUUCACGAGGCAUCAAAUGCCAUCGCCCUAGGAACUCGUGUGCAAGACAUCAAGUUUGCUGUUCACGCACACCCUACAUUGUCUGAGGUCCUGGAUGAACUCUUCAAAGCAGCCAAGUUGCAGCCUAGAGAAAGGCCGGAUAGCAAGCCAAGGCAGCCACCCCAACCACUCCUGAAGGUCCUCAGCUUCGUCACGACCCUGUUUUCUUCCCCAAAACGAGAUUGACAACGGUAACGGGGAGGGUGUUGUUGUAGGCAGUUGCUGUAGGUUACAAAUUUGAGGAAGAAAUUCAUCAGUGAAUACAAGCACACAAAUGUUUCUUUUUUUGGUCCAGAUUGUUAAAAGGGUCUUUUUUUUUGACGGUGGGGUGGGUUUUUGUUGGCUUCGUUAUUUGCAUAUUUGUUGUUGGUUGCCCUGUAAGAUGAAGUGCCGAGGCUAGCUCAGCUAGUUUGAAAUAAUUCAUGUUUCAAAACUCAGAUGUAUUGCGCCGACACAAUGGAUUAGUUGGUUAUCUUCA